AUGUCCUGGUCUACCCAGCCACAUGUGCCCCAAGCGGGUGUAUGGUGCCCCACUGUUACUUUUUUCAAACAUGACACCGAUACCCUAGAUCUUGAGUCUCAAGCCAAAUAUUUCAGAUACCUCUCUCAAUCUGGCCUUACGGGGUUAGUGAUCUUAGGCACCAACUCAGAAGCUUUCCUCCUCACUCGCGAGGAACGUCGGCAGCUCAUUGAAACAGCCCGAUCUGCAGUGGGACCUGACUACCCUCUAAUGGCCGGAGUGGGAUCACAUUCCACCAAACAAACCCUGGAGCUGAUUCAAGAUGCCGCUGAGGCAGGCGCCAAUUACGUUCUGGUUCUCCCGCCAGCAUACUUUGGCAAGGCGACCAAUAUGAACGUCGUUAAGCGCUUCUUCUCCGAGGUUGCUGCCAAAUCCACCUUACCGGUAGUGAUAUACAACUUUCCAGGAGUUUGCAACGGCGUCGAUCUGGACUCGGAGACCAUAACAGCUAUCACGCGCGAAUCAGCCACAGCCAACAAUGGUCGCUCGAACGUAGUUGGUGUCAAAUUAACGUGUGGAUCAGUGGGAAAAAUCACACGGUUAGCAGGGACAUUUGUGCCCGAGGAAUUCGCGACUUUUGGCGGACAGGCCGAUUUUUUAAUCGGAGGACUUGCAGCCGGUAGUGCUGGAUGCAUUGCUGCAUUUUCUAAUGUGUUCCCCAAGACUACGUCGAAAAUCUAUGCACUUUAUCAGGCAGGGCACAUCAAGGAAGCUACCAAGCUCCAGAGACAAGCUGCGUUGGCGGAAAGCCCUAUUAAGAGUGGCAUUGCUGCUACGAAGCAUGCUGUUGCCCGUUACAGCGCUAUCACGGCUGGAAUCGACAACGCCGAAGAACUGUUACAGCCUCGUCACCCGUACGAGCCAGUCAGCGAGGCAUCCAAGAACGCCAUCCAGGAGAAGAUGGCUGAUAUUUCAGUGAUCGAAAAGGGACUAUAA